GUUGGCUUGAAACUUAUCGAAGGGGAAAUGGUCGAUGUCGUGAACGUAGCUCAUUUCAUUGAGCAAAUGUUGACAAAAACGAAAGACUACCUAGUCACCAACAACGAUGUGGACGUUAGCCAAUUUUCAUUAGAACAGUUUCAGGAAAAAGUUAGUAGCGUUUAUGAAAUCAAAAGAGGAAGAAUUGUUUAG